GUCUGUUAGAUCGAGAAAGAAAAUACAGUAUUAAUAAUUAAUUUUUAAUGAGAUGAAAAAAACAAGAAUUUAUAUAUAUAAAUAUAUUUUACAACUUUUUUUAUAUUAUAUUUUAUAUUAUUAUUUUACAACUUCAAUUUUACACAUCUUUUUUGAACUCGCCACUUUGACAUAAUUGUCACUGAACACCUUUCGUUGAUCAUGUCUGAAAAUAUGAUGUGAUGAUGAUAUAACUCUUAAAAAUUUAAACUCUACUGUGGAGAGCAACAAGGAGAUAUGCAUAAUUUUCCGGAUGUUGGCAUUCGUAAAAUUUUGCAACUCACCAACUCACGCCUCGCCAACUCACCAACUUUCGACUAGACCUUUUACCAAACUCAUUAGGAAUCAAUGGUUUUUUAAAACCUGGCGAACCACUGACUGAUUCCCGUUCGCAGGAGAGCAGACUUAAACAGCAUCGUAUCAUAGAAUUAUCUCAAGAAAGUAAUAAUUUUACAUGUCUCCUGUGGAGCUGCAACAUAGGCAUCAAGCAAAUAUUGUAAAAAUUGGAAACCUUGGUAAAAGAAUGUGGACGAAGAGUUCUGUUGUGCAUUAUAUUAAAAAAACACCACAUUGACCAUGCCACCACUCUAUAACGACCAUCUAACGGCGAUUCAACAUGGGCGAGUGAAUGAUAACCCAAGCCAUUUGAGGGGAAUUGGGGAGAUGGCACAUUGUGUGGGCCGUUGGAUGUUGCCAGGAGUUGUCUAGUAGAGAGCGGGCCCUAAUUGGGUCUGUAUAGCUCAAAAAGAGCAUUAAAUACUCUAGGAGGAGAUCUAUUGUAAAAUAGUGAAUAAUAAAAAUUUUCCGCAUGGAUUUCAAAAGUCGUGCUGACGGGAAACUCGCAUGUGUAUUUUGCAUAUAAAUAAUAUAAAUAUUGCAUUCUAAUAUUGCAAAAAAUCUUUUGUAGAGGAUGUACAUUGGGUAAAAACAUAUCAUUUACGGAUAUAAUUAUACACACUGUAAAUAAGCAGUUAUCCAAAACCAAACUAUAAUAGAAAUGCAAAACGAGGACAGUAAAGUGCCCAAACAAAACCAAAGGCAUGUGGCCUAGAACAAGACCAGAAAGACGACUAGAGCACAUGAGAAUGCAAGCUGUAGCUAAGUUACUGGAUAACAAAGCCAAUGAACAACAUAAUAAAAUAUGUACUCCCGACUGAACAAAAUAAGGGUGACCAUGUAAUUGUUGUGGAACGGAGGGGCAUUAAAUUGGAAAAUAUUAAUGCAAAUUGGUAAUUAAGAUUAACAACAUAAAAGUCAUAAAUUAACACCUUCAUUGGAAGAUCAUGGCCAUAACAGUAUAUCAUACACAGCCUUCAGUGUUUUCUUGAUUUUAGUUAAAAAAGUAGUAAUAUAAAAGAUUGUGUCCUGAUGCGAAAAGAUGUGUGGAAUACUUUUCAUUUUGUCGUCAAAUGAGAAAAAAAUUCAGACAUUAUCCGAGCUUGUGGUACCACAAAUAGAAAACCGUGGACCAGAUGCAUCACAUCAAUAUGCUCUUGAACUUAAUGAGGUUACAACAAUGGUAUGUUACGGAACUGUUUUACAGUUACGAGGUGAACUAAUGAAACAACCAGUUGUUGAUGAGCAUGGAAAUUUUUUGCUGUGGAAUGGUGAGAUAUUUGGUGGUCUUCAGAUUAUGGAAGAUCAAAAUGAUACCAUUGCUGUCAUGGAAAAACUAAACAAAUUAACAAGUCAUGCUGAAUUUGUCGAUUUUUUCACAAGCAUUCAUGGUCCAUGGUCAUUUGUAUAUUUUGACGCAAAAAACAAAGAAUUGUGGUAUGGUCGUGAUUUUCUUGGCAGGAGAAGUCUUAUAUCUUUCUGUGGUGACGACAUGUUCUCUUUAUCUUCCACUUUUCACAGAGGAUUACAUGCAGAUUGCAAAGAAGUUCCUGCUAAAAAACUCUACUGUUUAAGUUUAAAAGACUGUCAAUUUAAUAACAUGGGAGAGCAUAUACGUGAAUACGCUUUCAAACCUGCAUUUAUCAAUAAACAAAUUGCAAGACAUGAUCACAGAUGUUUAACAUCAGUUUCAGCAGGAGACAAAGAAGACGACUAUGUGACAGACACUCAUUGUACAUCGUGUGGAUGCAUCAGUACUGCAGGAUAUUAUAGGGAUAGUGCAAACAGUAAAGUGGGAUAUUACAGAGAUAGUGACCUCUAUGCUAUUCGAGAUAACAUAGACCAAACUCAGUUAUGUUGUAAUUGUUUACACUUUUCAUCCUCAGAAGAAAACAAAAAACCUUUAAGUGAAGCAAAGCUAAUAGAAGGUGGUACCGAAGAAAGAACAACACUUGUUGAAGUUAUAAAUGAGUUUAUUGCAGUUUUAGAAGAAUCUGUACGAACUCGUGUUUUUAAUCUUCCAAGAUCUUCGGAGGAUACUAAUCCCAAUGUAGGCGUGUUGUUUUCAGGUGGUAUAGAUUCAGUGAUACUUGCUGCUCUCGCCCACAGAUGUGUACCAAAACAAGAAGCGAUCGAUUUGAUCAACGUUGCUUUUCAACAAAAAAACAAAAUACAACAAAACGUUAAGAAAAAAUAUCAAAAAAAAGCGCUUGUGGAGGAGAGUGAUAAUUUCGAUGUCCCUGAUCGUAUUACGGGAAGGAGAGCUCUACUUGAACUUCCUAGAGAUAGAUGCUGGAAUUUUAUCGAGGUUAAUGUGACCAAGGAAGAGCUCCAGAACGAGAGGGAACAAAGUAUAUCAAAUUUGGUUUAUCCCCUGGAGUCUGUACUCGACGAUAGUAUCGGUUGUGCAAUUUGGUUUGCAGCGCGGGGAAUUGGUAAUCGAUUUGAAAUUUCUGCAUCUGGAGACCUAAAGUUAGUCGAAGAAAAUUACAAAACUCCGGUUAAGGUGUUAUUGACUGGCAUGGGAGCGGAUGAACAGCUUGGUGGAUAUGCAAGACAUCGUACUAAAUACGAAAAUAACGGAUGGAUAGGUUUAAGAGACGAAAUAAAGAUGGAGUUGGAAAGAAUAUCAUCAAGGAAUUUAGGUAGAGACGACAGGUGUAUAUCAGACCAUGGGCGUGAAGCAAGAUUUCCCUUCUUAGAUGAACACGUCGUUUCGUUUCUACAAUCACUACCAGUUUGUAUAAAGUGUGAUCCGCGUCUUCCACGUGGUGAAGGAGAAAAGAUCUUACUUCGAGAAGCUGCUUCAUUACUUGAUCUACCGUACGCAAGUAAGUUACCAAAGAGAGCUAUACAAUUUGGUUCAAGAAUUGCUAAGUUGGAAGGUAGUAAAGAGAAGGGAAAUGAUAGUUGUGAAAGAUUGAAACCUGCUCCUACUUUGUAAACUCUUAAUGCAAAAAAUAAAUAAAAUUCUACUUUU